UAUAAAACAAACACGCCGAUCUAUCCCAUAGAAGUGCGCCCCGCGUCGCCCUCUCCCAGCCCUCCUCUCUGGACUUCAGCGCUGAGCCGCCCGCCGCCAGGCGCGUUCUGACAGAGAAGUUUUAUUCAUUCGUCCACGUGACUGUCGCGGAAAUUGCCACAUUGUAACUUUUUUUUUAAUUGGCAGUACUUGAUAGUAGAAGAGAUGAGAAAAACAGCUUUGCGUCUACUUUUUAACUGCGCCGAGCUGUAAACAAUGUGAAGACAAGACCGCCUUCAGCGGCAAGGGGUCGUGAGAACAAAGUGGACGCUGGGAGGCGCGGAAUGUCGGGCUGCUUCUACGGGUCGAGAGCUUCGCAGUUUCGGGCAGCGUCCUCUCUUCUCGCACUGUUUGUGACACUUCAAGUGCCCCGUCGGCUCCUGGGAGAGUGGAAAUCUUUGUGAAUGAGUGUAAUCGGCGCCAUCGAAGCAGGACUCUCUUUGUAAAUUGCGGUGCACGGCUACUUACUGUCACUUAAGAUCUGAAAAUCCUGUAUUAGAAUGAAGUGCCUGGAAGAUAAAUAUAUUUGAGGAAUAUAUUCAGUCCUCCAGAUUUUCACCAUGAGUUCAGUGGAUUCUCUCUCCACAGUGUCUGACUGGCUUGUAUUGUUGCAUCUAGACCAAUAUAUUGAAUCCUUUGAAAAAUAUGGCUAUGUGCUGGUCUCUGACUGCAAGGAACUGACCAAUGACAAUCUUUACAAUGCUGGAGUAGUCCUUCCAGGUCACCAAAAACGGAUCUUAACCAGUCUUCAGAAGAUAUUUCGAGAAGAGUCGCAUAGUGAAAAGCCUGUUCCAAUGCCAAGGAAUAUAUACCGGUGCCCGCAACCUAGCAACACUUCUCAAAAUAUCCAAUCAACUGAAGACCCACCUCAGGAAUCCGGGACCCCCAAGUCAUAUGAAACCACUUUACCCCCUCCUAUACCUCCAAGGGUGACCCCAAAUCGUCCACCUAUUAAGUUUACAUCCACUCCCACAAUGACAAAUGAACCUGUCAAACGGCCAGAAUCUCUCCCUGUUAAAGUCACGUAUGUGGAACAGGAACCCACAAUGCAGUUUGUGCCUUCACCAGUACCUGAAGAAUUUCAUCUUCAUGAACAGUGUUUGGUGGAACAUGCUGAGAUAAUUGUGCCACCACUACCAGCAAAACGCUAUGUUGCUUCUAGAGACCCUCAGGUACCACCCCCUCUUCCAAGGCGUCCUCCCCUUUCAGUUCCGAGGGUAUCUCAACCCAUGUCCUCGGCAUCACCUCGCCAGUCGCCUACAGAUGACUCAGAGGAAACUAAUAAGCUGCCAGAGGUACCACCCAGGAUCAGACUACCCUAUCAAUCAUCUGCUUUGCCAAGUGUUCCGCAACAAAGACCAUCUACUCCUCAAGAGUCCAGAGAUAGCUCAGAAUGUAAUGAAGAAAAGAGUCCAGCUGAUGAUAAUCUAUUUGACACCUUGGACAUGUCUGAUAAGCAGUUGCUGGUGCCUGAAGUAAAGAAGACAAGAAUAAAUAGCCUAUAUAGCGAUGAUGAGCACUUGGAGGAUGACAAUGACAGUUAUGAAACCAUAUUAAAUAAUUGUCCAUCAUGGCAGGAUUAUGGGCUUAGCACACUUUCAGCUUUGACAAGCAGCAUAUGUAUUAGAUCAAAAGAAGACGAUGGAGUACCGUCUUUACAUUCACAAGUCAUUAAAGUGGGUUGGCUGUACAAAAAUCCACCACAAGGCUCUUAUAUAUACCAGAAAAGAUGGGUAAAACUGGAGGCUGAUUAUUUGAAAUAUUUUGACAAUGAUAAGGAAGUAUAUUCAAAGCGAUUUAUCCCAACUGCUUCAAUUACACAGAUUAAUAAUGUUGGGGAUCAGAAGUUUGAAGUGGUCACUGGCAACAGGACUUUUGUUUUUCGUGCAGAGAGUGACUUCGAUCGUAAUGAAUGGGUGUCAGUGCUCCAGCAGACCAUUAAAGACCAGAAAUCAGCCAGCAGUGAAUCUAUAUUCCAAUCAUCAUCUACAGCUUCAGAAGAGAAGCAAGGCUACCUUGAACUAAGAGGAUUACGCUCCAAACUCUAUGUUGUUGUUUCAGGGGAUAAAGUCUUUCUUUACAAGAAUAUGGAGGAUCAUCGGCUGGGUAUUGGUAUUACUGCCAUCGAAAUGAACUUGGGUAAUGUGAAAGAUGCUGACAGACGAGCUUUUGACCUCACCACACCAUACAGGAUUUUUUGCUUUGUGGCAGAGUCAGACCAGCAAAAAGAUGAAUGGAUGGAGGCUAUGCGUGAUGCUAUUGCAGAGGCUUUGUCCAAUUAUGAGGUGGCAGAAAAGAUCUGGAGUGUGGAAUCCAACUGUUUCUGUGCCGAUUGUGGAGCUGCUAAGCCAGAGUGGGCUUCUAUCAACCUUUGUGUGGUCGUCUGUAAGAGAUGUGCAGGGGAGCAUAGAAGUCUGGGACCUAGCAUUUCAAAAGUGCGGAGUCUGAAGAUGGACAAAAAAGUCUGGACUGAGGAACUAAUUCAGUUGUUUCUGGUUAUGGGUAAUCAAAAGUCUAACGAGUUUUGGGCAGCUAAUAUUCCCCCCAGUGAAGCUUUGUCACCAGCAAGCUGCAGCAGUGAUCGGCGGAGAUUUAUCAGUGCAAAGUACAGAGAGGGCAAAUACCGUCGCUACCACCCACUCUUUGGGAACCAGGAAGCAUUAGACAAGGCCUUGUGUUUGAAUAUGCAAUCUAAUGAUGUUGGAGAAACACUUGCCUUAGUAUUCUGUGGGGCAAAUGUGAACUGUGACACAGGAGACCCGAUCUACCCAACUCCCAUUGACCAGGCCAAGAGCUACAAUCAGAUAUUACAAGUUGAGUUCUUGACGCAGAACAAGAGCACAGAAAUUCCGAGAUCUGAUAUAGGAAGUCACAUGGACAGGCAAUAUUAUGUGGCUCCACCUUCAAUUACACACAGUGGGUUUCUUUAUAAGACUGCAUCAAUGGGAAAGCUGGUUACAGACCGGAAAGCGAAGGAAGAAUUCAGCCGACGUUGGUGCACAUUAAAUGAUGGAGUUUUCAGCUACUAUGACAGUGAUAAAAACUCCACACCUAAUGGGGAACUCAGAAUGAGGGAAAUUGUUUGCCUUUCUGUCAGCCCUCCAGAAACACAUGGAUAUGACUACACCUUUGAAAUUUACACUGACUCUGAUCGACUCUACCUGUUUGGAAUAGAUAAACCAGAUGCUCUCAGAGAAUGGGUUAAAUCUAUUGUCAAGUCAUUUAUUCCAUCCAGUGCAGAGAACUUACUCAAUCAGGAUUUUGAACGUAUCGGUAGACUUCAAUAUAAAGAUGGGCUGAAUCUUCAAAGCCCCAAAGAAGGUUGGUUUUCACUAGCUGGAUCAACGCUGUAUGCCUGUUUUGAAGAAGGUGAAGAAGAAGAAGCUAUCCACCUUAAGAAAUUGCAAGAGCUCUCAAUCCAACAAGAAAAUGAGGUCCUUGUACUGGUGGAAAGACGAAGAACACUAUACAUACAAGGGCAGAGAAAGCUGGAUUUUAUGGGAUGGUGUACAGCCAUACAAAGAGCAGCUGGGAGCUCUGGGGAUACCCUUUGUCAACAGCAGCUCACAGAAGCCGACAUUCCCGUUGUAGUUGAUAGAUGCAUUGAUUACAUCACACAGUCUGGUCUCACUUCUGAAGGUAUUUACCGAAAAAGUGGUGUGAAUUCUAAGAUUACAGCUCUACUAGAUAAUUUUCGGAGAGAUGCACGGAACGUUCGCCUGAAAGAAGGAGACCAUCAAGUGGAUGAUGUUUCCAAUGUCCUCAAAAGGUUUUUUCGUGAUGUAGAAGAGGGUAUAUUUACUAGUGAUGCUUCACCUUUAUGGCUUAGCACACCAGGCAUAAUGGAUGAGAGCCAAAGGAUCCUACAGUACCAGUCAUUGUUCAGUAGCCUACCACGAGUCAACAAAGCCACAUUGAAAGCUGUUGUUAACCAUCUGUACUGUGUCCAGCGAUUUUCAGAUAUGAACCAAAUGAAUCUGCACAACCUGGCAAUUGUAUUUGGGCCUACACUUUUCCAAACUGAUGGCAAGGAUUACAAUGCAGGGCGCGUCAUUGAAGAUCUUAUUGCUCACUAUGUGCCAAUUUUUAAUGUGAAUGAGCAGCAAUUGAAGAAACAGUUGGAUGAAAUCACAGCAAUCAUCAAACUUCGAGACAUCAGUUCCAGCAGUUCUCUUCCUCCUGCUGGUGAUUUUAUUUGCACAGUAUACCUCGAAGAGAAGAAGGAGACAGCAGAGCAGCAUGUGAAGAUCCCAGCCACUAUGACAGCAGCACAACUAGCAUUUGAGAUCUUGGACCGCAGGAAAGUUCCCGUAAAGGACAAAGACUACUGGUGCUGCUUUGAGGUCAAUGAAAAAGAAGAAACAGAACGGCCACUACACCUCCUAGAGAAGGUUUUACCCAUCGUCCAUUCAUUAGGCACUGAAAGUUACUUGGUGGUGAAAAGAAAUUUCUCCAUGGAGGCUAUGUUGAUCUAUUUAGCCAGCAAGGUGGAUACUUCUAAACAUGGAAUGAUGAAAUUUCGUGAGGAGAGGAACUUAUUAGGCUUGACAACAGGCAGUUUUCACGAUCGCUACUUUAUCUUGAACAGCACAUCUUUAAAACUCUACAAAGAAGUGCGGAGCCGUCAAAGACUGCAGAGACCAGAACUGCAGUGCAGUCACAGACCGGAGAAGGAGUGGUCAGUCAAAUCUCUUAAAGUGUAUCAGGGGAUCAAAAAGAAACUACGACCUCCAACAUGCUGGGGAUUUACAGUGGUAUAUGAGAAUGAAAAGCACGAGAAGCAACAGUGGUACUUGUGCUGUGAUACGCAGGCAGAGAUGAGAGAGUGGUUUGCUACUUUCAUGAGUAUACAGCAUGAAGGAAGUGUGUGGCCCUCUGACUCCGUUAAAAUGAGAGAAUCACGGGUUCCCCUCGAUGCCAGGUUGGGUAAUAUCUCAUUGAUCCCCUUAAGGGGCAGUGAGAAUGAGAUGAGAAACAGCGUUGCUGCUUUUGCUGCUGACCCGCUUGCUCUCUUUCGGAACGUAUGAAAAUGUUAAAUAGUUUUCAGGAAAAAGGAGAGCGAAUGACUGAGGGCUCAGAAGGAAGUGGGCGCUGAACCCCAAUGAAACCUGGAAGUCCACGGUCAGCAAACGGAAGUGAUUUAUUUUGUCAUUUCAGCUUUUUCCAGAUGCCACAUUUGCAUUUGGACUAGUUGGAGUGCGGGUUCAUGAUGAGAUCUGUAAAGCCUCACAAGCAAGCUGAAUGAAAAUCUUUACUGCAUUUGCCUAUGUCAGUCUCAUCAUUCAAAUAGCUACAGUAGGACAUUUCAUUUUCUCCUUAUGCAUGUUUGCCCAGUAAGAACUUUGGAAGACAGAACUUCAACGUACUUAACUGAAAUUCUCUACGUCUAAAUUUAACUCUUUUCACUAAAAAACAGAAAAGGUGACUUUACAGCCUGUAAUGAGUUUGCUUGCAGACAAAGUGAAGGCUGGAGUAACAUGCUUCGUAACAUAACCUACAAAUGAAUAUAAACAACAUCAUAAGAAGGAACUGAAAAGUACAGGUAAACAAUCGAAGGAUCUUGUGAUAAUUAGAAGGAGCAAAGAUCACAUUAAUGAAAGGAGGUCUGGAGAUGAAAAAGAACUUUCUAUUGCUAUACUGUUCUUGCAGACAAAAAAAAACAAAAAAAAAAACAAAAUACACACAACUACUUGUAUGAUCAGUUACUUCCUGCCCUAAUGAUCCACCUAUGAAGUCAUCAAAUGCCAUCUGGCUGUGUGUGCAUACAAGGUAAUUCUGACAAUUUGUAUGAAGAAUUCUCUUGUGCCACAACAGUUGACUCUCCAAGGAAAUGUUUAAAGACAGUGCUCAUUUUGCAGUCAGAUGUAAUUAGCAUUUUUGUAAGUAAGUAUUUCACUGUGAAUUUCAUGAUACAACUGUAAUUUUAUUUUUAACUUUUGCAUUUUUGCCUGAUCCAUUUUAGUAGUUGAGCAGGCUGUUUUACUGCUUCAUAAUUUAGCACCUUUAUUCAAAUUUUCAUCAAAACGUUUCUGAUUUGGCAAUAUUUAAAAUUUACUAAUAUGACCACAUCAUUAUUUUUGUAUUUAAAACUUAAAACAAAAAACAACAAAUUGUUUUGCUUCAUUUUGUAUAUAGUGUUUCAUGAGCAAAGGACGUCAUAAAUUGUGUUUUGUGCAAGUGUUAUUUAAAUUCAAGAGCAUUCUAGAAAUGUUAUUGUCCAUAUUGCUUUUUACUAAUAUCUUUCAGCAUAAUUUUUUUUUUUUUUGCUGGGAAAACAGCGUAAUUGACCUCCCUCUUCCAAUGUGCUUUGUCAUUUAUUUAUUGUAUGGUGAAAUCUUAAUCAGAUAGCUAGUAUGUUAGAGAGUUAAGAUUGCAUUAGAGCACACACAAUGUCAUUACUUUUGUGUUAACAUUUUCACUUCUGAUUAUAAAGGAUUGAUCGUUCUCCCUUUUUUGAGGGAUGUUUAUGAGCGUUAUAAGACUUGCACAGAGACAAAACACUCCAGAAAUGUUUGAAUGUGCUUUGCUGCCAUUUUCUAUUUAGUCCUAUGACACAUUUGGGUAGAUUAUAGCAGUUGAAUUGUCAGUUGACUACAAAAGGCAUGAGAAAACUGAUAUAAGUCGCAUGCACCAUUUUGCUCUCGCUACUAGUCUUGAGUUUGCACAUUUUUGAACAGUUUAAUUUUAGGAAAAUAUUGAAUUUACAACCUACAUUUUGAUAUGCAUCUGGAAAGGUGAGAAAACCGACCAUUUAACCCAAUGAAUAGUCAUGAGUAAACAAAGCAAUCUCCGUGUAGGAUGUGCAAACAUGAGGAGUGAAGUAAACAAUACAGAGGUUUUAAAUCCUGUGUUUUUUUUAAAUUAAAUUUAAUUGAAUUCCUCUAUGUGAUACCUCAAUUCUAAAGCUCCAUGUCACCAUGUUUAAAGCUUUCAGUGAGUAGAGAAGUUGAAAGGGCCCAUCACUACAAUUGUAGCUGAUCCACAGACACCCUUCUUGAUGAAGGCCGCUAUUUGGUUCAAGUGUGAGCUUUGAGAUCGGACUGGAAGAGAGAGCUGAAAUUCUUCCAACACUACAGCAGCUAACACCAUGCACCACGCAUCAGCUUCCUUUUUAAAGUAGUUUCCAACAAUUUGUAAAGUUAACUGUUCCCUUUUUUUACACAGUAGGACCAUUGUGAGUCAAAUGUAUAUAUUUGUAUUUUCAUAAUCCCUCCCUAGAAGAUUCUAAAUGACAAUUUAGAUCUUUUUUAUUACAGUAUCACAAACCCAAGGGUCUAAAAGGAGACGUGCGAUUUCCCAUUAGGUACACGUUUUUUCAUUGCCACUUAUUGGUCUGCCUGUUUUCCUUUUUUUAUUGUUAUUAUUAUACUAAUUACUAAGUUGCCCAGAUUUGAUUUUUAUGUGCUCUGUGCCACUGGCACUGGGGUUAUUGUUUUCAGUUGUUUCUUAAAUAAUUUGCAAAUAACCUAGAAUGAAAUAUUUAAAGUAACAGUGCACUGUGGAUUUACAAUAAUGUGAAAGUAAACUGUUCUUUAUGUGUCACUUUUUCAAACUGGCCAGCACCACAAUGGUGAUGUACUUAGAGGACAAAAGGAGCCCCCUCUUUAUCUGUAAAUAGUUUUAUACCAGAGGCAGUUUAUGGAGGUCAUUCACUGAAAGUGCAAUAGAAAACUUGUUAAAUCCACAGAUGCUUGUUGUUAAUAAAUAAAUCGUAUUUUAGUUUUC